AUGGCGGUUCGGUUUGGGCGAAGACCGGGCAAUCCAAGGGGCACGCUAGCUCAGGAGCAAGCUCGGCUCGAAGCGGAAACCCCCACGCAACUGCCGUGCGCCGGUGUCAGCGCGGUCAGACAGUCCCCGCCGUGUGCGCGCACGUUCCCGGGCCGCUGCCCGCGCUCCGCCCCGCACCUGCGCAGUCCCCGGCGCGCGCCGCCCCCGCCCCCCGGAGCCCUAGUUCCCGGUCCGGCUCGGGGCGCGCAGGCGUCAGCGGAAGCGCCUUCGCCGGCCGCCUCCUUUUCCUCUCGCGGGGGUCGGGGCCGGCUGGUGGGGCAGGCGCGGGCGGUGUGCCCCGCGCGCUCUCUCGGCAGCACGGAGGCGCCGGGAGCGGCCGAGGCCGCGGGGCCGCCCGCCGCCAGUGGCGCGCCCCUCCCCGAAGCCCCGGAGCCCGGCCCGGCCCUGGCUCAGGCCGCCGCACCGGCCCCGGCCUCGCAGUUCACCCUGUUGGUGAUGCGGCCCUGCGCGGGCCAGGACGAGGCGGGCAGCGCCGGCCGGGGCAAGCCUGGGGGAAACCCGUGUGAAGCGGCGGGGGAUGGCGAAGAGGAGACGGGGGAAGACGACGCGGAUCUGCUGGACACGUCGGACCCCCCCGGGGGAGGCGAGAGCGCGGCGAGUCUGGAGGAUCUGGAGGACGAGGAGACCCACUCCGGGGGCGAGGGCAGCGGCGGGGCAGCCCCGGCGCGGGGCAGCGGUGGGGGCUGCGUGAGCAAGACGUGCACCUACGAGGGCUGCAGCGAGACCACCAGCCAGGUGGCCAAGCAGCGCAAGCCGUGGAUGUGCAAGAAGCACCGCAACAAGAUGUACAAGGACAAGUACAAGAAGAAAAAAAGCGAUCAGGCCCAGAACUGCAGCGGGACCGCCCCGGCCAGCGGCUCCGGUAGCGUCAAGUUGGAGGAAAGUACGGACAACAUACUCUCCAUUGUUAAGCAAAGAUCGGGAUCUUUUGGAGAUAGACCUGCAAGACCAACCCUUUUAGAACAGGUGUUAAAUCAGAAAAGAUUGUCAUUAUUAAGAAGUCCUGAAGUGGUGGAGUUUUUACAGAAACAGCAACAACUAUUAAAUCAGCAAGUUUUGGAGCAGAGACAGCAACAAUUUCCAGGAACAUCAGUGUGAAGAAAUUUAUCGAGAAGUUAUACAUGCUUUUUAUCUUACUGUAAUAUCUGAACACAUUUUUUCAUACUAAAGAUAAGUGGGGUAAGUGAUGCCUGUUGGUCAUAAACAGUCAUUUUCCUGUUAAUGUAUGUGUGCAUUUGGGAUAAAUAAGUAUUGUACUUUGUGCAUUUAUUCUUUUCAGAUUACCACUCAAAGAAAUCUGCCUAUCUUUCCAAAUUAAUAUGUAAUGACAAAAUUUUUAAGCAAAUAUUCCUCUUCAGUCAUUGUUUGCUGGAGGUAAUGAAGCAGUUACUUUCUGUGGAAGUCAAGAAGUUAGUAGAUAUUAAUCUUGGAUCACUGAGCUUAUUGGUUCUCAUCAAGGGGCAGUUGGAAAUGUAUGUGUAUAUUCUUAGCUUAUCUUAAUGACUUUGGAAACUGCUGGUUUCAGGGAGUGGGCCAGGAAUGAUUAGUGUUUUGUAGUAUCUGGAAUGAUCUCACACAACUGCGAAUUAGCCACAAUACUAAUGAUACUCCUUAGUAACACUGGCAGCUACUUGUGAUGAUAAAAUACAGUUGAUCACCUAGAAUUGGGUUCUUGUAUUAAUCUUUUCUUUGCAGUUAAGACUGAUGUUGUCAAAGAGAUAAGCCUAUUUUAUACCUAUAAGGAAACUGAUCACUGUUAAAUAUAUGGAAAUUAGGAUAUGCAUCUCUCUAGAACUAUACUGAAAACCUAAGGGAAGAGUGAAGUACGCUGCAGUAAAUGAUCUCUGAAAGUUGGCUUCUGUAAAUCCAUGUUACAUUUUGGUGUUGAUCUUUUUUUAGCACACUCUCAUAUAUUGAAUUUUUGAACACAGUGUGUGUUUCUCAUCCCAAGAAUACUUGGACAGACUUUUUAAUACUCAUUUCUUUCUUUCUCAAGAAGAGAUGUUGACAAUAAGAAUAAUACUGGAGCAUUUUGUAAAUGUUUUUCAAAAUAAUGUGAUUUUAAGACUUAAUUUCUAAGUAAUGUUCAAAUAAUGAUGGAUUAGUUAUAUAAAUAUAUUUUUACUUGUAUCUUCGCAGAGGUAAACCUUAAAAUCCAAACCUAAUAAGAAUAAUAAGUCACAUGUUAAAAUAUUUUCAGUGUUAGGAUAUUAAAUGUAUGUGUCUCAAGUUUAACUAUACAAAGAAUCUAUUGGUGUCUUGUUUUUUUAAAACUUUUAAAUAUUUAAGUCACAUUUGUUUUAAGAAGUGCUUAAAAAACAAAAGGAUCUUUUUAUUUAUUUUUAUGUGUUUUAUACCUACAUAUCUGUGCAAAGAUGCUUUUACCAAAAUUAUUAUUAAAGUCUACUUGUUUACCCC